AUGGGUGAAUACUCGAAAGCACUUGAAUUUUACGAAAAAGCGCAUAAAAUAAGAGAAAAAGCUCUGCCUUCAAAUCAUCCUGAUUUGGCUGCUUCCUACAACAACAUUGGUCAAGUGUAUAACAGCAUGGGCAACUACUCCAAAGCACUUGAACUUUAUGAAAAAUCGCACAAAAUCUACGAAAAAGCUCUACCUCCGAAUCAUCCCGAUUUAGCUGCUUCCUACAACAACAUCGGUCAAGUGUAUAACAACAUAGGCAACUACUCCAAAGCACUCGAGUUUUACGAAAAAGCACAUCAAAUCAAAGAAAAAGCUCUCCCUCCAAAUCAUCCCGAUUUGGCUGCUUCCUACAACAAUAUCGGACAAGUGUAUAACAACAUGGGUGACUACUGCAAAGCACUUGAAUUUUACGAAAAAGCACAUCAAAUCUACGAAAAAGCUCUGUCUUCAAAUCAUCCCUCAUUAGCUACUUCCUACAACAACAUCGGUCAAGUGUAUAACAACAUGGGUGACUACUGCAAAGCACUUGAAUUUUACGAAAGAGCACAUCAAAUCUACGAAAAAGCUCUGCCUCUGAAUCAUCCCGAUUUGGCUACUUCUUACAACAACAUCGGUUCGGUGUACAACGACAUGGGUGACUACUCGAAAGCACUCCAAUUUUAUGAAAAAUCACAUCAAAUUAGGGCAACAGCUCUCCCUCCGAAUCAUCCCGAUUUGGCUAAUUCCUACAACAAUAUCGGUUCGGUAUAUCACGACCUGGGUGAGUAUACAGCGGCUCUUAAGACUCUUCAAAAUGCUUUUCGGUUUCAACAAACAACAUUUGAAGAAGGUAAUCUACAGUUUGCCUUUACAUACAGCUGGUUUGGAAGAGUUUAUCGCAGUAUGAAAGAUUACUCCAAGGCACUAUAUUAUUUUGAAAAGUGCCUCACAAUAUUUCAACAAACGUUACCGGAAGGACACCCAUAUCAGGCUAUUACUUAUAGUAACAUAGGUGAUGUUCAUCGAUUAAUGGAUAAUUACGAAAUUGCACUUUCAUUUCAUCGAAAAGCACUAAAUAUUCAAGAAAAUGUUCAAUGUAAUCCUUUGGAAUGUGCAACAACAUAUAUAAAUUUAGGUGUAACAUAUCGAGAAAUGAAGGAUUUUUCAAUGGCAUUGACAUAUUUUCAAAAAGGAUUAGAAAUUCGUGAAAGAAAACUACCAAAAAAUCAUCCUGAUUUAGCUGUAAUUUAUAAUAAUUUGGCAAAAUUAUAUUUCGCUACUAGACAAUAUAAUAUGGCAAUGAAAAAUGUUCAACAAGCGGUAGAAAUUGCUGAAGAAAAAUUUCCUUCAAAUCAUCCUUAUCUUGUGGAUUACAGAGAAACAUUUGAAAGAAUUCGAAAGAAAUUGUAA